CUCUUUCUCUCUUUCUUGCAUCUCUCUCAUUGCAUCUGUCAGCGCGACUCCCUCGCCGCCGUUCUACCCGCUGGCCAACUCCGCCGCCGCUCGGUAGCGUCCUUGUCCGGUGUGACGCGCUCCAUCGCGCUCACAUCCGCGAUCGCCUGCGCCGAGCCCUCCUCCUCCUCCUCUCCCCCCCCCCUCUUCCAUUUACGCCCCACCAUCAACGCAUCAUCAACUCGCUGCCCCUCCCUCCUCACUCUUUCUCUCACCAUGCCCACUGCCACAGCAAAUGCCUGGCAGCCGCCACCACCACUCAAGGCGGGCCCCUCGCGAAUGUCUCCAUGGUUGACUCCGCACGACACGCUAUCACCAUCAGAAACUGGUUCAACCUAUUCCGCGAGCGUGCACUCAGUGUCUGCGAGCGUGCAUUCUGGCCUCAGCUCGGGACGCAAUCUCAGCACCAUCUUUACACGACGCGGCUCCCUCCCCGGUGUGCGGUCAGCCAAGAGCGUGCGGUCGUUACAGAGCAGUUCGGGGUUCGAAGAUGACCUCGAAAUGUUACCGCUUCCUCGUGCGAGCAGGAAACGUCUCGUGCCAGAACACCACGAGGCGCGAACGGACCGCCGGAAAGCGGAAGCCGCAGUGGCCAAAUGGAGGAAAUGGAUUGUCGAACAACCACAACAAGCCACCACCAUCACCGACGGGCCGAUCGCGAGUACAAGCUCGAGCGUCCUCUUCCGCGCCGACCGGCAGUCGGGAGAAACGGCCUCCAACACCAACACUCCUCCGUCCACCCUCGGGCGCAGCGGAAGAGACUUGUCAGCUCGUGGCUCCUUGUCCAUCGCUGGCCCAAGCUCGAGCGGAUUCAUCCCCUGGAAUGCAGAGGCCUCCGAAACAUCCCACCCCGCGAGUCUGAACAAAGCCCUGGUGCCCGGUGCGCUCGACAUCUACACCACGGACUCCGUGCGAGCCCUACGCGACGUUGAACUGGCGGUCGACCCCUCCUUCUUUGAGAACGCGGCGCCGUUAAGAGUCAAGCGAUUGUCAACUCAUCCACGAGUAUCGCCCAAUAUGGAGAAUCCCUUCGCCGCCAUCGACACCCUGCUAUCACGCCGCCGCAUCCGCCCACUCGUUAUCGAGCUCGUUCAAGCGUUGGGCGGAUACAUUGACGCCGUGUGGUGUACGACUUAUCCCGAUCGUCCCUGUCCGUGGGCCGGCGUGCCCGUUGCUCGGCGAGCAUCGGUCGCCGGCGCUCUCGAGUCCAAGUCGUGGAAGAGCUGGACGAUCACCGCUGUACAAGAGGGCAAGCGACAGGGCUUUUUGCCCUCGCCACCGACGCUGGCGGAUGUCGAGUUUUACGAGCGCGAGAUUCGCCAUGGGCUGCGAGAUGUCGACGAAGCUGUUAAUCGCCGCAAAGAUCUCGGUUGGGCGUUUGGCGAGACUGUUGUGAAAGGCGGUUACGGAGACAUUGCGCCCAGCAAUGUCAUGACGGAUGGCCAGGCGGGCAACAUCCCUCGUCUCUUGAACGAUCUGGAGGAGGCACUAUGGGGCGAUGCUCUCCCGGCGCCCUCAGAUCUUGCUUUUGAGCACGACUCUAGCUUUGACCCCUUCUCGGUGUACCGUGAAGGCGAUGAGCUGAUUGGCGUCGGCGCGUCGUCAAACGAGGCGCGCGACGCCGCGCUGCGGGAGCUAUUUGGAGAGUACUACGCUGCACCGCUGUCGCCGGAGCGCGAGGUACCUGGCCUGAGCUCGUCUCCGAGGAGCCGAUUUGACGAGUCGCCGCGCACGCCUGCCGACGCUGCGGUCCCUGCCAUGCCAGGCAUGCCGCCGCUCGACUUUUCAAGACUGGGUGUGCUGCAAGAGAUGAGCAGGGAGGAGCAGCUUGAGCUCGGGCGCCGGCGCCACCAGGAGUAUUUGGAGCGGAAGAAGGGGGAGGGGCUCAAGGCCGACUGAGCGCUGAGGCGCGGGCAAGUUGUGAGGUUUUCACGGCGGAAUCUGUAGAAGGCCGCUCGAGAGACUGUGUACUGCUGGGGCACAUGUUUGUAUAAGAUCAGUGUGACGACGCGACGUGACGCGAGGGCAUUGCUCCACCUCACGCGUGAGUGCGUG